GCGCACGUCAACGUGUACAUAUAAACCUGGUUUCUCGAGAAGCCCCCGGUGCUGCAUCCUGACAAGGAGAAACCACACUGGAAAAUCCUAAGGUACUUUUUCAGCAAACAUAGGGAUCGAACCCCAGAUCUCGUUCUUAGCGAGUCUUACUCACUGAACCACUAUUUCGAACCAUUUCUGAAUAAACAAUAGAUAAAUUCUUAACAACUGGAUAUAUAUACCUCACUGUUUUGCUGGAAUAAUAUUAAAUCUUGUUUAUGUGAGAUCCAGUAUAACAGUUCCAGUUACCAUCAAAAUAACUACUACUCUUUGCUAUUACAAGCCAAUCCCAUAGGAAAAUUCACGAUUGUCCUGUUGUAUUUUUAAGCAAUCAUCUACCAUCUUCAAAAUUCAUUUUUGAUGUAAUAUUCAUUUUCAAAAUUCAUUUUUGAGGUAAUAUUCAUUUUCAAAAUUCAUUUUUGAGGUUAUUUUCAAGUUCGUGGACUUUGAAAACCUAAUAAAGGACAUUAUUACAAGCCAUACAAAACCGAAAAAAUGACGAUUAUCUGAAAAAUCGUUCAUUUUAGGAAAUUCUGGUCGCCAUUUUGGAUUUUGGAAACUCUUCUUUUGAGGUUGUUGAGUGACACAGAAAACCCUUUAAAUCGCAUAUCACUCGCCAUAUCAAACUUAAAAAUGACGAUUAUCCGAAAAAUCGACCAUUUUAGGGAAAUUCUGGCCGCCAUUUUGAAUUUCCGCCAUCUUGGAUUUUGGAACCCCGUUAUAUUUAGAUUAAUUUUAAGUUUAGUGACACUGAAAAUCCUUUAAAUUACAUAUUAUAAAUCAUAUCAAAGAGUGAAAUGACUUUUAUCUGACAAAUCAGCCAUUUUAUAUUUUUGUAUUUAUUGAUGUCAGUAAGAUGUUACUAUGGAGAACGUAAAUUUCAGAUUAUACAUUCCAGACUUCGUAAUUGUAAAAGUGCUCUAAACUUCCAUAGAUUUUUAAUGCAUAUUUCACAUAACCCGACAUGCAGUUGUGGUCAUACUCAAGAAGACAGCGACCAUUAUUUUCUGCACUGCCCAAAUUAUUCGUCUCAGCGUAUCUCAACAUUAAAUACCCUCCCAUUUAAAUCCAUAAAUACAAAAGCGUUCCUAUAUGGCGAUACCAACGAAAGUAACCCGUUCAACAAAGUGAGUUUUAGUAAAGUUCACAAGUAUUUAAAACUAAACAAGCGCUUUGAAUAGAUAAGGUAAUUGUCAGGCGACGAUGAUUGGUGUUAAAUAGUGAUGAUGACGAUGAUGAUGACGAUGAUGAUGACCAUGAAGAUGAUUUAUUUAUAUAUUUAUUUAUAUACUAGAAGAAUGCCCGGCUUCGCUCGGGGGUCAUAACUCCGAAACCGGAAGUGGUAGACUAACGCCACCUGGCCUAUGUUACUCCCCGGUAUGAGCUACCCCUAUACCCCAAAUUUCAGACUCGGAAAUGACAACGUGAAUGAUGGAUCAGUCGAACGACAGAGUGAAUGACAGGAGUUUUCCAGUCGAAUAAUAAAGAUAAUGGCAACGCUGGUCAUAGCAUAUCUGUUUAUAAUAUAUUUCAUAUAAAUGUUUAUACACGUAUUUGAAAAAUACAUUUAGGUCUACGUGUAAUGUUGAAUGUAUAAAUUCGGAAAUGUUUUGAUCUCUUGAACUGUAUUAUUUAAAAUACACGAUUAACGUAUUAAAUUGUAAAUAAUGAAUCAAGCCAAGACAUGUAUUAAAUGUUUUAAAUGUUUUAUUGAAUUGGAAUAGAAACUGAAAACAGAUUAACACCCUGUGUGAGAUAUUUCAUUCAAAUAUUGUGAAAGGGUUGGUAAUAAAAUUAAAAUUGUCAUUGUGUCAUUUUAAUAACAUUGAAUCGUCCUAUUCUGUUACGUAGUCGUCUCAACAUAUUGUUGUCAUGGGUUACUUCUGCUAAACAACUCAAUAGAAACGAGUAAAGUAUUAUAAACGAAAUUAUGUCUAAAGAGUUCUUCAUGACAUGUAUUGACUGUAAGACACAAAGCGUACAGGAUCUAAGUGUGAUGUUAAAGGUCAACAGUAAAUUAAGUGGUCCGGAACCUGAUUAUCAGAAUGUUCAGGGUGGUUAUAAAGUAUUUACAUCCAACGAGCCAUUCCAUAUGAGAUACAACAAUGGUAAAUUACCCGAGUUAAAGGUAGCCUACGAAACGUGGGGUGAAUUGAAUGAAGAUAAAUCUAAUGCUGUUUUAAUCCACGCUGGUUUAUCUGCCAGUUCUCACGCCAAAAGUCAUCCUGAGAAUCUUGAGCCAGGUUGGUGGGAGAAGUUUGUCGGACCAGGGUGUGCUGUUGAUACCAAUAAACAUUUUAUCAUAUGUACCAAUAACCUAGGUGGUUGCUAUGGCUCCAGUGGUCCAUCGACAAUAAAUCCACUAACCAAUCAGAGAUUUUCUACAACGUUUCCUGUGGUCAGUAUAAUGGAUAUGGUGAAUGCACAGUUUCUUCUACUCGAUCACCUAGGAAUAAACCGGCUUCAUGCAUCUGUUGGAUCAUCGUUAGGUGGUAUGUUGUCAUUGAUGUCCGCAGCACUUUACCCUGAUAGAAUAGCCAGGUUUGUAUCAAUAUCAUCGUGUGCAGAGUCGCAUCCAUCAUCUGUCGCUAUACGUUAUUUACAGAGAAAAUGUAUCAUGUCAGAUCCCAACUGGAAUAAAGGAUAUUAUUAUGAUAAAAAGGGAUCCUACCCUAAAAUGGGUAUGAAACUAGCCAGAGAAAUAGCUACAAUGACAUACAGAAGUGGUCCAGAAUGGGAUCAAAGAUUUGGACGUAAUUUUAUUGAAAAAUCGGCGAAUGUUUCAUUGUGUCCAACGUUUACCAUUGAGAGUUACCUAGAACAUCAAGGCGAGUCGUUCAGUACGAAAUUUGAUCCAAACUCACUACUAUAUAUUUCAAAGGCUAUGGAUCUGUUUGAUAUUGGAGAAGAAUUUGGGUCAACUAAAGAAGCAUUGAAAAGAAUUGUUUGUCCUGCCAUGAUACUCGGUGUUCAGACUGACAUAUUGUUUCCAAUAUGGCAGCAACGACAUCUUGCUAGGUUAUUACAAGAAUCGGGAAAUCCAGCAGUAACUUUUUAUGAACUGAAUUCUAUAUAUGGUCAUGAUACAUUUUUACUAGACUUAAAUGGUGUUGGUGCUGCAGUUAAGGGAUUUUUAGAAACAGAUCUAAAAGAGAAAGGCUGGUUAACAAAGCAUAAAUUAUAAAAAAAACCUACCAGUACAGAAAGUGAAAUAAUAAUUAAGAAAUAACAGUUGCUUACGAUAUGUCAGUAUUAAGUGUGGUUCAGUGGUCGAGAGCAAGACAUUUAGUAAUUUAUAUUGAUACUGCAUGAUGGCGUUAGUCCGAGUGUUGUUUCAAUAUAUUACAUAAUAUCUUGUUCAAAACCAUUGAAAAACUUAAAAUACAGACACAAUAACCCUGCUUGUGCAUUUAAAUGAAAUCAUCACACGAGUCCAAUAUUUCAACUAGUAUAAAUAAUGUAUUAUUUGAAAUAAUGGUACACCAACAUCAGAGGAUAAUGUCACAUCUGUAUUUCAACCCAGUUUAAUCGCUGACUUUAUUGUUAACUAAACUACAUGUAAGUUGCUUCGAUAUUUAGUUUGGCCUGAAGUUUUGAUUGAGUUAAGAUGGAGAUACUUUUGAUAAUUCUACAAGCCCAGUUCCAUAGAAGCAGACCAUCAUACUUGAACCAUGUAAUACGCUUUGACAUUGCAUUUGACCUGAGGAAUUUUGUACAAUUCUACCAAGCCCAGUUCUGUAGAAGCAAACAAUAGCCACCAUUUUCUAACGUUAACCAUCAUAUUUGGACAAUGUAAGUCGCUUCAAUAUUGAGUUUGACCUGAAGUUUUCAUAGAAUUACAAUGGAGCUAAUUUAGAGGUAGAAGCAAACAAUAUCCACCACUUUCGAUGGCAAUCCACAGACUGUUACAGUAUUGGAUGGACGUCCUAGUGAUGUAGAUUAAAUAUAGGAGCUAAUUGGCUAGAGUUAAAACUUUAGUGACUGAAACGCUGUAUAUUACAGCCAUUUUCAAUUGCUGCAUUUGUUGACAAAUAUUGCAAACCAAAUAUUUAGUGGAAAGGAGUAAAGAUGUGAUAUAUUGACAUAGAUUAAUAGACUAGUAUAUAAUUAUGAUAUCAUAGCUAAUAAUGAUAAUAAUUGUUUAACCCAAUAGAUGUCAUAUAUGUGACUAGCUUAUAUAAAAAACUGUUUCCUUUUUU